GAAUUUGAUUAAAAAAAGUUGUCAUUAAUCCAUGUUGAGACACUUUAAACUGAUUCACAUCAUCAGUUGAUUUCAUUUUCCUGUUUCAUUCUCAUGUUGAAACUGAUUCUCAUGAGAAUUGGUUUAAUUUGAUUCAUUUUGAUAGUCGGUAAAAUGAAUUCAUUUGCUGUCAAUUGAAAACAAAGUUAACCAUUUUAAAUGUUGAAAGAUUGUGUUUUACUGGAAUCUUAAUAGCCGAUUGACCAUUGAUCAGUAAUGAUGACAAGCUUGAUAAACUAGGAUAUAAUUAGAAGACCAUUUCACAGUUAAUGAUGGCUAAUGGUGUUGAGUAAAAUGUUUGAGAAUCUCUUUUCUCAAUUAAAUGUAUCAAAAUGUUUAAUUAAUGGUAAUGAGUUGUUGAACAUUUUAAUUAAAAAAACUUCUCACCCAAAGUUGCAACUGAAAAAUGUUUCAUUCAACUUGAAACCAUUUUCAUUGGUAUUACAAAACAUUGACCUAAACCUGCAUCAAAUUGAUACAAUUUAAUGAAAAAAGGAUAAACUUGUGAAGAGCAAAAAUUUCAAUUUCAAUGAUUGAUUUUUGACUGAAUUUUCCCAAUGAAAAUGGUUAUUUUAUUGAUGAGCUGGUGAACUUGAAACGGUUAAAAAAAGAUGAAUAAAAAAUGUAAAAAAAAUAAGUUUACUAAAGGGGAAGAAAUGAGGAAACCUGGAAGGGAUGAAAAAUGGGAAGAAAAUGCGUCAAGAUGAAUUGCUAUUGAAUUUAUGGGAGAGAAAAGAUGAAAGAGAAAACCAGAAAUUGAUGAUAACAUGAAGAUUCGGAUGAUGUAAGGAAUGCCAAGGAAAUUCGGUCAACUUUAUCUCUAAAUGGUGUUUCAAUAGACAAAAAUGUGGCGCUAAAAGAAGAAGAAGAAUGAUGAAAAUGAUGGCGAUGGUGAAGAUGAGGAUGAUGGGGAAGAUGAUGUUGAAGAUGAUGUUGAAGAUGAUGAUGAAGACGAGAGUGAGAGAUGAGUUUUAGUGCCAGUUACUUGCAGACUCAGGUCAAGGAAACGUUAACCCAUCAGAACAGGUUUCAACGUUUUCCGCUUUACUCUCCAACCAUCAUGUUUGCCUACGUACAAUCUAGUUUUAAUACAUAAUUUAAUAAUGAAACAUCUAAUAAUACGCUUUUCCAAUCUUUAAUUAACAUUGAUUUACAUUUUUCUUCAUUACCUGUUUAGGGGCUUACUUUAACCCUCUUAAUCAAUCUUAUUGAUUACAAUAUUUAGUCUAUUAGCAGAUGAUAUCAAUAAUAAUGAUGAUCAUGAGUUUUAUCAAGUUCAUCUUUUCCAUCAAUCUGAGUCAGUUAUUGAUUAAUUGUCUCUUUUGAAGCUUCGAUGGUAAUUUUGAUGACCUUUUUUUUGUUAAUCGAUUUGUAAAUUUACCUUUUUUUAUUGAUUCUUGAUCGCACUAAUGGCGAUUAUUUUUAACGUUUGGCAUUAAUUGGAUUCUUUUUUGGAUGCGCGAAUUUAAUUUCUGUUUUUUUUCGCUUCUUAAUUGUUGGCCAAAUUUAAAUUUGAUUGCUUUAUGUUUCGUCAGUUGGCUUUUGUCUUUAAAGGUUUCAUUAUGUUUCGUGUAAUUGGUUGAUUCAGUUGCUUGUUUGAAUGUCAUCUACGGUCAAAGUGUUUAUUAUCAUGUGUUUAAUUGGAACUACUAUUUGCUCCAAUCUUGUUCUGACCAUGGGAUUAACUUCAAGACGAGACUACAAUCGUUUGUAUGGUUCACGUCGAUCAAUACGUUCGGUGAAAUUGAAUGAAAUUGAAGAUGAUUGGAAGUUGAUUGAGAAGCAAUUGUCUGUUGAUCGUAAACACCAGUCUAACCAUCAACCAAUUAAAUCAGUUUCAUUUUCAAAUUUUCUUAAAUCUCGUUCACCAAGUCAAUCAGAUGAAAUGGAAAGAUCAGGGAAGACAAAAGAAAGGAGAACAAAGAAAAGAAAAGGUAAAGUUGAUGAUAAAAGAAAGGAUAAAGAUGAUGGUGAAUCUGGCGAUGAAUCUGCAGAUGAAACUGAGGAUGAAAUGGAUAGUGAUGAAGAUGAUAAUGGUGAAAAGAAGGAGCAAAAUAGAGGUUCAACUGAUGGUGAAUACAAUGAUAACGAGAAUCAAAUGAUUACCGAUUCUGAUUACGAUUCCGAAAUGCAAGCAACUGCAGGCCUUGAUCUAGGCAUUUUGGGUCAUGUUGAUGAGUUGAUGAGUAUAAGGAAAAAGAAUACAAUAAUUCCUGAUGGAAUUCAUUUUGAUGAUUCCAAACUUCUAUCUGAACCAACAAAAGUCAAAGCAGGAACAAAAUUGAAACCCUUUCGACGAAAGCAACAAGUCAAAGUAAUCCGUCGUUCACCCAAUCAUUCAAUCAGCAAAAAACUAAGACAAUCAUUGACUGGUAAACGAGCUCAAUCUUACCUUUCGAUACCAGAAAAGUUUGACGGCAACAGUGAGACUCUUUGGGAUAAAGAUUUGGAUCCAAAUGAGGGCGACUACGGAGUUACUUUUGACGAGGAAAACUCUUCGUUUGGUUCAAUCUCUUCUAGUGCAAAGGCUUCACCGAAGUCGAGGAAACUGACUGGGGCUUUGACCAGAGUACCCAAAACACCAUCUAAAAGGACUCAUUUGAGGGAAUCGGUUCGUGGAAAUGGAAAGAAAAAGUCGCCCCUGAAAAUGAGUGAACCUCUUGACAAUGAUUUACAGGAAGUUGAUGAUGAAGUUCAUGAUGAAAGAUCUUAUUUUGAUGAUUCAUCGGGCUCUUUUUCGGGUGAUUAUGUUGUUGUUCCUCAAUCUGAGAGAGGAAUUUCAACUCAUUCAGACAUUUUCCCGCACCAGUAUAACGUUGAAAUACGAAGUCGUAAAAAGUUCAAAUUGAACCAGCCCGACUCUUCUUUGGCUGAACAGUUUAAAAAGCACGAGGAAAAGGAAGAGGAACAUUGGCAUGAGAAAAAGUGGACCAAAAUGGGAUCAUUUCAAGUGUCUUCACAAUUCGCUGAUCAACUUGAAGUUGAUCAGAAUGAUGAUGAUUAUGAUAACGAUUCUGUCAAUUUAAAAACAAGGAAAAGAAAGAAAACUAAAAAGAAAAGGAAAAAGAAACGAAAGAGAAAAAAAGCUUCCCAUGUGGAUCAUGAUUCUGAAAUUAUUGAUGAAAAUGAUGAUCAUUUCGAUAUUCCGUCCAAAGGAUUCAGAAUCAAUAAAAGGUUCAUCGAUUGGGCAGAAAGGAAAGUCGAUGAACUUGACAUGUAAAACACUUGUAUCACUUUAAGUUCAAACACUAAAAAUUAUGUUCAUCUUUUGUCUUAAUUUAAAAUUCAUUGUUUUUUGGUUUACAAAUCAAACCAAAAAAAUCUGGUUUUCUAUGAAUUUCUGGUUAAAUUGUUAAAAAAUGGGUUUUACUCUUUGGUUGCUUUUCAAUGGCCAAACAAUACUAAACGAUUAUCAAUAAUGAAAGAUUCAGUGAAUGUUGAUAACGUGAACAAUGAGCAGUCAUGAUGAAUGUUGAUCAAGAUGAAAACAUUAAGAAAGUGGUUUAAAUCAGGUUAAGAGUGAAAUCUUUUGUUUGCACCUUCAAUUGUCCAGCAAGAUUAAACCAAUAAAUGAUUUAAAAUUGUUAAUCAAGUAUAAAAUGUUAGCAACA